CCAAGGGGAGGAGGGAGGGGGAGAUGGGAUUCUUCUAAUUGCUAUAUAAGACAGCUUAGUUAACUCACAUUGAUCAUCAAACUUCAAGCUCGGCAAAUAAACCUCCUUUGUACUAAAAGAUCAAGUGCUCACAGUCCACUCACCAUCAUCAUGGCUUGCAUGCAGAUGUCCAGGAGCGAAGCUGAAAAGAUGAAGUGCAACAACGGUUCUCAGGGUUAUUACUCAUCCGAUUGCAAGCAAGAGGUGCACCAAGCAGCUGGAUGUGCAGUGCCCCAAGCUGGGAACCACAACAUUGGAGGCAGUGCUGGAUGUGGGACUAACCAGGUUGGUCACAACAUGGGAGGCAACCACUCUUCAGGCCACAAUGGCCAUGCCAUCCAUAGCUCUGGCCACCAUGGCCAUGUCAGCCAUAGUUCUGGCCACCAAGGGCAUGCCAGCCAUGUGAGCCACGGCUCUGGCCACCAUGGCCAUGCCAGCCAUGUCUCUGGCCACCAUGGCCAUGCCAGCCAUGUCUCUGGCCACCAUGGUCAUGCCAGCCAUAUCAGCCACGGCUCUGGCCACCAAGGCCAUGCCAGCCACAGCUCUGGCCACCAAGGCCAUGCCAGCCACAGCUCUGGCCAUCAAGGCAAUGUCAGUCACUGCUCUGGCCACCAAGGCCAUGCCAGCCAUGGCUCUGGCCAACACGGCUGUGUCAACCACAGCUCUGGCCAUCAUGGAAUCAACUAUGGGAAGAACUGCUAAACAAGCAAAACUCAGCAAUUAGCCCCAGCUAACUCAAGACCAGAAACUGGGGAUUCGAUGCUGCUGAUUAACUUAUAAUUAUGUUUAAAAUAUAGUAUUUCAAAAAUAAUGUCCAACUACUAGCAUAGCUAAGCAGCAUUUCCAGGUGGAUAUGGUUCAGCGAGUGUUAUGCAAGAAUGGACCAAUGUCGUUAUUGUACUAUGCGUUUUGCUUAUGAAUGAACAGUGUGUUAUGCACUAAUGUCAAAAA